AUGCGUCGGCCUAUAACGCCUCUCUUAGCAGUUGCCGCGCUAGGCGUCGUGAGCGGGAUAUACAUUUUUCAGCCUGCGGCAGCUCAAGCUGCGUCGCAGGUCCAGUCUGGCGAGCCCAGCUACAACUCCCCCGACUGGCAAAAACGCGCCAGAACGAAGGGCACGGAGCCCGCGAACGAGAACGCGACUGGCCCGACGACGACCCCGCCGCAAUCAAGCUAA